AUGUGCCACAAAACCACUGUGAGGCUCGGGUGUGGUCACAAGUCGAGUACCCUAUCCUCAAUCGCCUCCUGCCGCCGCCUCGCCAAGCUUCAGCAAGACGAGGACAAGACCAUUCGGUUGUUUUCUCGCUACAAAAAACUUACCGACUGCGGUAAUCUUACCAGGGAGGAUUGCUAUGACGAGGGCCGGAUUUGCGGCUCUUGCUACGAGAAACGGAAGCAGGAGAAGCGCGAACGACGGGAGAGAGAGCAGAGGGAGGAGGUGAGGCGCAAUGAGCGGAAUGCUGAGAUACUCCGUGACCGGGUUGAACAAGACCGUCGGGAGCGGGAGAGGAGAGAGCAGGAGAAGAAGAAGGCUAUGGAGAGGGCUGCUCGGAGGCAGAGGGAGGAGAUGGAAGAGGAGAGGAGGCGGCACGAAAAGGAGGCUUAUCCGGACGAAAUGGCCAGGAAAAUGAAUGACGAUGAAAAAAAAAAAAAUAAUGUUGUAUCUCCCAUUCCCUCUCACUUUGCUCAGGCUGCGUUCAUUGAUCGCGGCUCCCCGGUCGUGGAUAGGUCCCAGCCCUUCUAUGGUCCUGGUCCCUCUCGGGAUCUUACUGAUCCGGUUGAUGAUAUUGUUAAUAUAUAUCAACAGCGUAGCCCUGUCGUUGAUGUCUCGCAGCCUUUUAACCCAGGCUUCAGGCAAGCUGUUAACCCAACUAAUCCUAAAACUAAUAGAAACCCCGGAAGGCGUAUUGGACUGGGCAUCUAUGUGCCCGGCUCCGAGAACCGUUCUGGUCUUCGUAGGUACUUUGGUCGUCCCACCCGUCCUUCUCAGCAUGUUCUUGACAAAGCCAGAGCUAAAGGUAAAGGCAGAGAGUCCAAAAUUCCCUUCCCCCCUGGGCUCAACGUCACGUUUGAUGCUACUAACAAGCCAGACCGCAGCAGAAGAACCGAGCCAGGGCCGAGCAAUUCAGGCUCGCCAAGCUCAUCGUCCUCAAGUUCAGGUGAGUCCAAAGCGUCUGGUCUUCCCCCUCCGCCCGAGGGCUGGAGAAGGGAUCGUAACUACCAUCCCAGGAGUCCUGUGCCCCGCCCUGUGCCUCAGGGACCUAACCCUACGGCUGCUCAUCAUAUCAGGCCCAAUACUGACAAGCAGCCAAGGCCACCCACUGGCACCCUCUCGGCCUCGUUCAAGAGAGUUCUGGCGAAGUGUCCUCCUAAGACUAAAACUAGGAGGGGUAAGGUCUCGAGGACGCUCAAUACCCUGCUUGCUGGUCGGAAGACUCCGUCUCCCCUGGCUGCGGGCGCCCUUGAUGGAGUCUCUUCUUCGAGAAGGUGA